AUGCCAUACGAUCGUCGCCCGCGUCAAAUCGCUGAAGAUCCCGAGGUGGUCGCCGAACGGGAGUACAAUCUUGUGCACGGAAUCGCCGAAAAUGCAAAGUCUAAGAACGCGAUGAAAGGGUGUGAUGUGGUGGAAAUGAAUAAUGGUGAGAUGGAGGUGAAUGAAUUCCUCGACAAUCCACCAAUUGCCGUCCCGAUCUCGCCCGCCUCGUCGGACAGUGGGAAUGUGAGCACAGCCUCAUCACUUCACAAGACGAAUUCGUGGAAAGAGGAGAAGGCCGAUAGAAAGAAAAGAUGCCGAGGAGUGAGUGGAAGUUCCAUCAAGAAAGACGGUGGUCGAUUCGAGCUCGGUUUUGAAAGCUAUGAAGAUGACGAGCUGUUCAGUGACGGGGAAUGGGAAGAUUUAAAGAAGUUGAACAUCAAGGACUACGAUUACGAUCCAGAGGAGACAUUCACUGUUUCGCAAGCGAAGAAUGAAAUCUAUCCAUCAUUUUGCUCGCAUCUUGAUGGGCAGAAUCUCGGAAAAGCCGUUGAUCUCGUCUCACUUUUCGUUGAUUGUCGAUCGGAAGAGGAGCGAAUCACCGCGUUGUAUUCUGCUUUGUGUCAGAUUGUUGAGGAAGAGCUCAAAUCCGAGUCAGGAGUCGGUCGAAUCAGCGAGGAUCCAUGUGGUGAGUACCGAAUCGCUGUGAUGGUUGCCGGUUUGAUCAACGAGAUGUACCCGGAUGUGAACAAUUUCGCGACACACCUCAAGAAUGCCUGUUUCCCUGACAUGGAAGCGGUGCCAGCGUUCGUUAACUCGAUCAUUGAGACGGCGAAGACGUUCGUUGAGUUCGCCACCGACGAGAUCAAAGGAGAGAUGCAAGGAUGUCCUGACGAAGCUGUGGACGCCGUCGUUGACGCGAUGACGGGCGGCUCAUUCGACAGGGACGUUUUCAAGGAUCUUUGUGAGGGUCUCGAGCUUUUCCAUGUGGAAAUUAUCAAGAGGGCACUCGUCUGCGCGGUGAACUCGAUGGAUCUCCAAGUGAUGCACCGCGUCGAAAAAGCCAUCUUACAAUUUGCUAGUUAUUCAGGAGAAAAAUUUGACUGUACAUAUCGCUUUGCUUUGUCUCGGGUGCUCGCACAAGCGGAGAAGGUGUUCGGUGAUGCGGUCGCGUGGCCAAACGCGCUUCGUCUCGUUGUGGCUGGAGUGGUAGAGAAUGAACAGUGUUGGGCCUACUACUCGGGACCCGGACGUAAUUGGAAGAAAAUUCCAAAAGCCACGGUCACUCUCUGCACCGACUCGCCGGGUUCUUCUCAUCUCAUGGUGCUUCAAGAGGUCCCCAAGAAUAACAUUUUCCUUCUCAAAGAGCUC